AUGGGGCGGUCUGAGAAGCAUGCAAAGGAUAGUAAGAGAAAUGAAAAGAAAGUGAAAAAAGAUGAAAAACUGAAGAAGAAAAAAGAUAAGAAGAAAUCCUCUUCCAGUUCGUCAAGUUCAGAGCCUGAUGAGAAAGAAACACUCCUGGCCAAUGCGGUUGCCUCCUCCUUUGGCUUGAAACCCAAAGCGCUGAUCUUGAACUCCCGAGUGCAGAAGGUGUCUGACCUAAAGGUUUACUGGAUUGCAUCCAUUUUGGGACGGCAGCGCCCAAGUCUCACAGAGCAAAGUCUGAUGCUUGUUGGUGGAGAGUUGUACGAGAUGAAGAAGCACGCGCUAUCCACCUUGAAGCUCAGCGAGCAGACACCUGCAAGUCUCCAAAUCCGUGUUGAAUUGGCUAGUGCUGCAGCAAUGGCUGAGAAGAAGUGGCGGGAUAGACUUCUGACAAUCCUGGACAAAGUUGCUGGUAUGAAUGACCUGAGUGUCAUUGGACAGCACAACAGUGUGACGUCAAUUCGAAGGGCGGUUGCCUCUGAGAUCGAGCAGCGCAGUUCUGAUGAGGAUAGCAAGGUCCAGUGGCACGUUGAGUUGAAGCAGCUCAUAUCCAACUUCAAGGCAGCCGCAAAGAAAGAUCUAGAUGACAUGGCUGGCAGUCCCAAGACAGAGCCCGGUUCAUCUACAAGGGUGCCAUCUUCUCGUUUCAGGGAAUCAGAGCCUUUGUCGAGUGAGGGCUCAGACAGUUCCAAGAGUGGUUCAACUCCACCUCGACCAGUACAGGCUAAGAAGGCUAAGAAGGAGAAGAAAAGACGCACUCUUCACGGCGAGCAGCACGACGCUGACAUUUUCCAGGAUCGGUUUGCUCGCAAUGUGAGGCCAUUUGACGCCCCUACAACCAGCUCGGCGAAGGACCAACCAGACGGUGCAGCAACUGCUGAGGAGGAGAACCUGUUUACAUUCUUCAAGGAGGAGCUAAACAGGAUUGUGAAGCACACCAAUGACAUUUCUCUGUUUAUCAAAUGCUUGAUUGCAGAUGGGAUUGACAACGUAAGUUGCCUGCUUGAUGCUGCUGAGUCUGGGUGGAUGCCCACAGCUGAAGUGUGUGGGGCUGCAGCUCGGGAGGUCUUGGGCUGCAUUUCAUGGAAGGGUCGCCAGAGCUGCGUUGCCUUUAUGAAGCAUGUAGCUGAGCCAGACAACCUCGCGAACUACAACAAAAAGGUGAAUGCGCCUGACAAGCUGCCUGACAAGCCGCUGAAUGAGAGAUUGACGCAGGUGGAGGCAACGAAGCCACCUUCUCAGCCGGCUUCACCUGAGAAACCUACCGCGCAUGAGCUCACUUUGGCAAGGAUGCAGCCGGUCCCGCGGAGUCCAAGCUCUGGCUCAGACUAG